AUGACCUUUCUCUACGUCGGUCUCCAGGAUUCUUACCCGAAAUGCGGUCAAGAGUGGAAUGAAGAUGAUUCCUCUGAUCUGGUGAACCGUUUUGGCAAAAGCUUGGAAAAAGUCGGGCAAUUAGAUAAGGGGCAGAUGGUGGAAGUCUUGGAGCGCGCUAAAUGGGCUGGCUUUACCCGAUGGCAUAUGCUAACUGCCCUCGAUGGGUCGUGUUUCUCGUCAACUUAUCGAAACGAUGGCCAUACCUCGUUUGGUGUCACGGUCAACUUCGAGCUCGUUCGGCGCUUUGGGGCUGAUUUGGAACAGCUUCGGAAGUUGACGAGGCCUCAGAUGUACAAAGUGGCUAUUGGACUAGAGUCUGCUGGAUUUGUGGAUGGUUUUACGGUAUUAGAACCCAUUCAGGAUAGUUUGGUAUCAUCAGAGAACUGCUUCACCGAUGCCAUUCAACCCGCUCCACGUCUACCACCUCAGCCUCCUGUCAGCCCUUGUCCGAAACCCGACGCAUCAUCGAUGUUCGCUGAUUCUCUAUCGUGGAUGGAUUAUCUGAAUUCACCGGAGAACACCGACGUUGGCCUGGCGGACUGUUCUUUCAUUACUACCGACACUCUCUCGGAAAGUGCUUCUCCCAUGGGCGAACCAAUUCUCGCCAGUAAUUCUCAUUCACACCUUGCAAUGACUUCACCCGCGAACACAUUUACACCUGGCGAUGGAACACCAUCUUAUUCGACGCCUUUUACUCCCUGUCCGAAUCCAGACGAAAGAACGCUUCUCAACUCGGAGCCAGACACCACGAUAGCGUCGCCCAAACCUGUCUUCGCGCCUGGUUUCGAUGAAGGGCUUUUAUGCUAUCCGAGGCCGCCUUCGUUUGACGUUGAAGAACUUAGUGUGAGGCAGCAACCCAUUUCCCUGGAAUCCAGACGACUCUCGGAUAUUCAAACAGAAAGCACGAAUGAGCUCAUCGGCACCCGAGGAGACCAUCUAAUCGGUCCAAUGACGCUUAAUUCCUCGGAGGAAAGCUUAAAAUGUUUACUACGUUCUUGCGAUGCUACGCUCGAUGACAAUCGAACUCAGGGCAUUCUCGACACUAGCGCCCAUUCCCUCUUCGCGAAGGAUCUCGAUCAAAUACUACGUCCGCUGUUUGACCAUUGGAAUUCCUAUAAGACACUUGAACUGACGGCGCUGGGACUUCCGGUACAAUGGAGAGGCAUAGAUGCAGCUGCGGACUACCUUCGAAUGCUUGAUUACGAGCAGAAAUCACCCUAUCUGAACCCCAUCGCAAAGCGUAUCGGGCAGGUAUUACUAUACUUCAAUUACGAGGAGCUUUGCAGACACCCAUAUAGGCACCUUUCCUGUUCCUCGUCAAAGGCCAAUGCAACUCAAGUGCUGAAUAGUAUCCUCGCUGCUUAUUGGGAUGAUCCCCGCUAUUCGAAAUCACUGCAGAGCCGGCGCGAUAGGGUAACAGGCUACCAUGUUCGCCGCGGCAGAUGGUGGUGGAGGCUUGCAGGUACUCUAGGAGUCGGCAUACUUUUGCUGGGCAAUACUUCUUUGGUUGACGUCAUGUGCAACAAGUCGUUCACUAAUCCUCAGAUUCAAGCUUUCGUCGCUUUCUCUCAGAAAACACGCCCGGGGACUGUGCGUACAUUCGAAGCGUCAGAGUCUAUAGUAAAAUCUCUUGUGUUUGGACAAGUGACGGACGAUCUUCACGAACUUCUCUUCAACAAUGAUGUCGGUCUCCUCCGGCACGAAGAACUGGUGCGCAUUCAGAAUGAGGACGAACAAGCAUUGAAAGUUCAACUUUCCCAGGAUUCCUGGGAAGCAGUGGACGCUGAAAAGUAUGCAAUGCGCAAAAUGACGAAUCUUCUCGGCUGGAAUCCCGACAACGUAGCACUAAUGUGA